AUGAAACUUGCUGAGAGGUCUACGGAGACGACAAACACGUUGCAAGAGGCUUCAGUCAUUCAAUUGGCAUUAACAGGAAUGCUCUUUGGUCUCAUUCACGUAUUGACGGGGCCUGACCACCUCAGCGCAUUGGCGACAUUGUCCGCAGGGUCUUCCUGGCGAUCCUUUGCGCUUGGAAUUCGCUGGGGAUGUGGUCACAGCAUUGGUCUUGUAUUAAUGGCCAUUAUAUUUAUUGCGUUGGACGGGAAAUUGGAUUUUACAGUGCUUAAUAUUGUCACGGACGUACUUGUCGGCGUCUUUAUGAUCGCAUUGGGUAUUUAUGGAGUGCAUGAAGGUGUGAAGAAAUCAAGACAGAGCAGAAGACGAGGAGCUUCACGAAAAAAAAGAAUGAACGAUAGUGAUAAGAUGAAGAAUGGUGAGGUUGAGGAAGAGAGCGAACUAAGGAUGAAGGAAGAGAAUGAUAUAGCGUCGGAAGGAACCGAGACGGAAACGGAGACAGAAAUGGAGACUGAUUGCAUUGUGAUACCUAGUCACACGUCGCUAGAGGAAAGAGCGAUUGUAUUGAGUGACCAACUCUCAGUAACUAUUAGCAAUGAGGAAGAGGUAGCGUCUGCUGCAAGACGGAAAAAGCUCGACGAGUUGAAGGGUGUAAAGAAGAGUGACGACGAUGCUGAGAAUGACGCAGAUGUUGCUGAUGUGGAGGUAUCACAAAGACAACAUUUCGAUAGUGAAGACACGUUCCCCGAAGGAACAAGUCCAUGUGAGAGUGUGGUUGCGCUAGAGGAGCUACUGUCAAAUCGCAGCCAAUCUAGCGAUGAAACGGAUAUCGAAAUGGACGGAGCUAAACGAGGUACAGGACCCCUGUGCUGCGGCUUCAAGUUGCCGACGAUAGAUUUGCAGAGCGCGCAGACGCAGAAGUGCACUGCGUUGAUAGUAGGUAUCGUUCAUGGAAUCGCGGGUCCAGGCGGCAUCCUCGGUGUAUUGCCUGCGGUGGGGCUGCACGACACGGUUAAGUCGUUCACAUACCUGGGUUCUUUUUGUUUAACAUCCAUUAUCACGAUGGGCGCAUUUGCUGCUGGGUACGGCGAAGCUACAGGUCGUCUUGGUAUACUUUGGUUAGUGCUAGCUGCUAUCGGCAAACUUCAGGAAGUUUUUGGCUGA